CUGUUCAUAAAUUCGUUGUGACGGCAGAAUAUUCUCCGUCAACGUCAUUCUCUCCUCAAAAAUACGAUUAUAUAUUUUACAUGUUCUAGACGCCGGCCCUUGACGCCGUUAAAGCAACGACUGAGUUAAGUGAGACUUCAUCAUAUCCUGAAUUUCUUCUAACAUAUCAAGAUCGGGAGAAACGCAAAUAUUCAUGAGCUAUUGUAGCUCUUGGUGAUAUACAGAUGAAGAAGCUAUUUUUUUUCAAAUCUUCCUCUAGCAGUGGAAACAACUCAGUUUCCCCACCAUCAACGGAAAAGAAAGUUUACUGCAAGAACCAGAACCCACUGGGAAGUGGGGUGAAUAAUCAAGCUGUUGACAAGUCUGAGAACAGUUUCCGAAGCUCAAGGGGCUUUUUUUCCAAAUCCCGGAAGCAACAAUUAGAUGGUGAGAGCUGCAGUACCAGUUCGGGUCUUAGAAGGAGCCGCUCGCUGUCAUCAACAGCACUUUUUGUAGAUGGGAUGGGACAGAAGAGUUUUUCAUGGGCAACUGAUCCGAGUAGAUCUCCUUCUAGCAGUACUAGUGGUAUUCUUCCUCAGAAAUCCAGUCAUUCAUCACGACGGUAUAGGGCUCUUACACCUGAGAGGCACUCCCGGGAAAAACGAUUUGAAGUGGCACCUAUUCAAAAUGCACAUGGAUUAGAGAGGCCGGGUUCUUCUGGGUCAUCUAGAAGUCACCAUGAUUCAUCAGGAAACUCUUCCUUAUGCUCAAGUAAUGUCUCAACUAAAAUUUUGGACCGCUACAUUGAUGGAGAACAACAUCAGGAAAGAAGUGGGCCUACAAACAGUUCUUCACAGAGGAACUAUUCUGGAAAUGUAAAUGGUGGUGGGAGGCUCCCCCCAAGAGUUCAAUAUGCAACCCCUACUUCACCAACAAAUAGUGUCAAAGGUAAGUCUCAUUCUUUUAGGGAUGCUAAAGACACUAGUCUCUAUUUCUCAUCUAGAGAUUGGGUGGAGAAUGGUUUUGGGCAUGAAUCUCCUCGGAGACUUGCAAAGAAUGUGGUUGAGAGACUCUCCCAGACUCAUGUUCUUCCCAGAUCACAUGCAAAGGACUUUGACCAUGAUGUUCCAAUAACUAUUGAAGACAUCUAUGGUGGUUCCUUUGGUAGAUGCUCUGAUUCAAAUUCAGAUGUGGUUGCUCGGGACAGUUAUUCAUUGGGUGAACCUUAUGAAACUGUAAAUGGAUAUCACAGGGAUGAUUUCUCGGGUUUUCAGAAGCAAAAUUGUUUCCCUGGUGACAAUUGUGAAGGUUUUAACUCUAUUGAAGUAGAAGAGGAUGUAGAUGUGGACUUACAAAGAAGAUCCAAAGAAGCUGAGGAGAGGGUCUUGGUACUUUCUGAAGAACUUGAGCAAGAAACCUUUCUUCGCGAUUGUGGGUUUGAUAUGCCAACAUUGAUUCAGACCAUUAGAAGAUUAACUGAGGAGAAGCUCAGCUUGGCAUAUGAGGUUUCUGGUCUUCUACAGUCUAGAAUUGCAGAAAGGGCUUCUACUAAGGAAGAACUUAGGCUGGCAAAGGCAGAUGUGGAGUCACGAACACGAAGACUGGAGAAAGAAAAGAAUGAGUUGCAGUCGGGAUUGGAGAAGGAGUUAGACAGAAGGUCGAGUGAAUGGUCAUUGAAGCUUGAGAAAUAUCAAAUGGAAGAGCAUAGGCUUCGGGAGCGGGUUAGGGAGCUUGCAGAGCACAAUGUCUCCCUCCAGAGGAAAGUAUCUUCUUUUAAAGAGAGGGAAACAGAGAGCAGAAACAUGAUAACCCACUCAGAGCAGCAACUUAAGGACAUCAGUACAAGAAUUGAAGAGUGCACUGAGGAAAAUCGGGAUCUAAGAGAAAGUCUUUCUGAAAUGCAAGAGAAGUAUAGAGCAUCAGAAGAAGAUCUAGACUGCAUUAAAAGAAAUUUUGAAGAUAAGGAGAUGGAGUGCAAGGAAUUGCAAAAAUCUCUUACUCGAUUGCUGAGAACAUGUAGUGAACAAGAGAAGACAAUUGCUGGGUUGCGAGAAGAAUUCAGUGAGGGAAUUGGAAAUAAGCAACCUUUGGAGAAGUUUGAUAAGCAUGUGGCCAGAUUGCAAAUGGAGCAAAUGAGGUUGACAGGGGUAGAACUAUCAUUAAGAAGGGAGGUUGAAUCUUAUAGGCUUGAGGUUGAUUCUCUUCGGCAUGAGAAUAUAACCUUAUUACAUCGCUUAAAAGGCAAUGGUCAAGAGAGUGGCGCUUUAACCAUUAAGCUAGAUAAGGAAUUGUGGACGCGUAUAUGCUACUUGCAAAAUCAAGGACUAUCAAUGUUGAAUGAGAGCGCCCAAUCAUGUUCUCAGCUACUGGAAUUCAUCAAAGGGAAAGCAGGCAAACUUCAAGACACUAAGCAGGGUAUAGAAUUUGUCAAGAAUGGUUUAGAUGGGCAAUUCAUUGUUGAAUCUGACAUGAAGGUUCAGAGCCUUAAGCGCGGAAUUGAAAGCCUCACAAGGAGUUUACAGACUAUGUCUGGUUUCCUGCAUGAGAAAUCCAGUCUGGUUGCUUCAAAAUGUCAGUCAUUACAUACUGAGGCUGAUUGCUCAGGAAAGAUAAAUAAUCAAAUUCCAGAGGAGAACAUAAGAUCUGAGCUCAAAGCAGAGACUUUGUUAACUAGUCUAUUAAGAGAGAAGCUUUACUCUAAAGAGUUGGAAGUGGAGCAGUUGCAAGCUGAACUAGCAACAGCUGUGAGAGGUAAUGACAUCCUCCGGUGUGAAGCCCAAAAUGCCUUGGACAACAUUUCAUGUGUCACCCAUAAGUUGAAAGAUCUUGAAAUUCAGAUACUGAAGAAGGAUGACAGCAUAAGCCAGCUUCAAAAUAACCUCCAAGAUUCUGCAAAGGAACUACAUAUCAUUAAGGGCAUAUUGCCUAAAGUUUCAGAGGAGAGAGACAUGAUGUGGGAUGAAGUAAAACAAUACAGUGAGAAGAAUAUGCAGUUGAACAUGGAGGUUAAUGCAUUGAAGAAAAAGAUCGAGUCCCUUGAUGAGGACAUACUUCUAAAGGAAGGCCAAAUCACAAUACUAAAAGACACAUUAGGUAAUAAACGUUUUGACCUCCUUGGCAGCCCUGAUCCCAUGUGCGAAUUCCUGCUGGAAUGAUUGCUAGCUGUUUUUGACUUUUGAUUGCAUUUGGAUAAUUAGGCACACUGUUAAUAAUAGUUCUAUACUUUGAAUUUUGUGCUCUUUGUGUUUUCUUUUUUUUUUUUUUUUUCACUGUUUUCCUUCAUUAAAAUAUACCAUGAUUCUUUUGUAACAUAGGUUACUAUAAUUGUACGUAGUUGGUUACUGUCUGAUAUGACGAGAAAAUGCAAGCUGUUAUUGUGUCCAUCUCAAGGGAAUUCUUUU